AUGGUUGUCGCUUAUGCCGAGAUAGAGUAUGAUGAAGACUACCUCGGCCCGGACUCGGAUCUUAUUGGCGGGAUGAAAGUUGACAAGGUGACACAGUGUAGUCUUGAGCUCUGUGUUCUCGAACACGAUGUGUCCGUCGAAGAUGGUACGCCGGAGAUAAAUACUUCAGUUCUCGACUACGGCCAAUUAUUGUGGAGAAAUAGUCCUGCCCACUCGACCCCCACGGGCGAAACGCUGUGUUGGCAGCCAACAUCUGGCCCGCAGGAUAUAACAUUUGGGGAUUAUAUCCGCAAUGACAAUUCCACAUAUGCCCAGCUCGGCUCAGUUGAGUAUGCCUUUUGUGGUAUUUCUUAUGAUAUAAAACUACAUGAGAGCGUUUUUGUGGGAUCUAUGAUUCGGCUCCAUUUUCGAUAUCCUAAGGGAGACGGAAACCAAGACGCGAAACCAGAUGGCGAUCCCAACACCAUUCGUAUUGGCUCUGUCGGUCUUGACACUAUCAUGUCCAACGUUGCCAAACAAAUGAACAAGGAAGCUCUACGCCUGAAUGGCUCGGAUGUGCACGGCAUUACACAUGUCACUGAAGUCUAUGUGGAAGUGCAGUGGCUCUGGUUAAUUCUUCCAAUUGUACUAGUGGUCACAGGGAUCAUAUUCGUUGUCAUGGUCAUUAUUGACAACAAAAAGAAUGGCACGAGUUUAUGGAAGUCGUCUGUACUAGCAUUUUUAUAUCACGGAUUACAUGAUGUUGACAAAGAAGGUUGUAUGGCUGUCAGUGUUAUGGAGAGGAAAGCUGAAGAAUUGGUUGUUCGACUUCAGGCAUCUGAUGAUGGAAAUGGAGGAUUGAUACUACGAGAACAGAAGGAUUCUGUGUAA